CCCCCCCCCCCCCCCCCUCUCUCUCUUCCUCUGUGUGUUUCUCGGCGUUGUCCUUCUCCUUCUUCGCUUCAUUGCGCCAUGGCGGCGGCGGCGGCGGCAGCUCUGAGGGGGAGGGCUUACCCUCUGAUGGCGUCGGUGCCCUCCUUCCUCACGUGGCGCCGCCUCGGCUUCCGUUCCUUCUGCAGUGGCCGCCUCGGCUUCCUCUCCCAGCCCCCGGAGAUGGAGUCCCUGGCCCCUGCCGGCCCGGUCCCCGGCUUGAAGGUCCUGGAGACCUUCAGGGAGGAGUUCGAGAUCGGAUCCCGCACCAUCUCCCUCGAGACCGGCAAGAUCGCCAGGUUCGCCAACGGAUCCGUCGUCAUCACCAUGGACGAGACCAACGUGCUCUCCACUGUCGCCUCCGCAAGGGGGGAUGGGGCUCGCGACUUCUUGCCCCUCACCGUUGAUUAUCAAGAAAAGCAAUAUGCACAAGGUGUCAUUCCUACCACAUUCAUGCGCAGGGAGGGUGCCCCCAAGGAACGUGAACUUUUAUGUGGUCGUAUUAUUGACCGACCCAUCCGCCCACUCUUUCCUCCUGGCUUUUACCAUGAUGUCCAGGUCAUGGUAAAUGUUCUUUCUUCUGAUGGGAAGCACGAUCCAGACGUAAUGGCAGCAAAUGCCACAUCUGCUGCUCUUAUGCUAUCAGAUGUCCCUUGGAAUGGGCCCAUUGGAGUGAUACGUGUGGGGAGGAUAGAUGGGAAAUUUGUUUUUAAUCCAACCAUGAACGAGCUAAGCUUAAGUGAUCUCAACUUGAUCUAUGCAUGUACAAGGGACAGGACGCUAAUGAUAGAUGUACAGGCUCGUGAGAUCUCAGAAAAAGAUCUAGAAGCUGGAUUAAAGCUUGCACAUCCUGAGGCUGUCAAAUACAUAGACCCCCAGAUUAGAUUAGCUGAAAAAGCUGGCAAAAAGAAGAAAGAAUAUAAAUUAUCGAUGAUUUCAGAUAGGACACUGGAGAAGAUACGGAGCUUGGCAGAAGCACCUAUUGAAGCUGUCUUUACAGAUUCGACUUAUGGCAAGUUUGAACGUGGAGAGGCCUUGGAUAAAAUUACUCAAGCUGUAAAAGCCAAACUUGAAGAAGAAAGUGAUGAAGAGAGCUUGAAUGUUCUGCCAAAGGCAAUUGAUACGGUUAGGAAAAAGACAAUUCGCCAUAGGAUCAUCAAGGAAGGUAUUAGAGUCGAUGGUAGACAACUUGAUGAAGUUAGACCUUUGUAUUGUGAAUCUGGUACAUAUCCCAUUUUACAUGGAUCAUCACUUUUCUCGCGUGGAGACACUCAGGUACUAUGCACAGUUACACUUGGGGCUCCAGGAGAUGCUCAACGACUGGACUCUAUUGUUGGCCCCCCUACAAAACGUUUCAUGCUUCACUAUAGUUUUCCACCAUUCUCAAUCAAUGAGGUUGGCAAGCGCGGGGGUUUGAAUAGGCGUGAAGUUGGACAUGGUACUCUGGCGGAGAAGGCUUUGCUUGCUGUAUUACCUCCAGAAGAUGACUUCCCAUACACUGUUCGUGUCAAUUCAGAAGUCAUGGCCUCUGAUGGUUCUACUUCCAUGGCAACUGUAUGUGGAGGAAGUAUGGCUUUGAUGGAUGCUGGCAUUCCCGUAAGGGAACAUGUAGCUGGUGUCUCAGUGGGCCUUGUUACAGAAGUGGAUCCAUCAACUGGGAUGAUAAAUGAUUAUCGCAUACUGACAGAUAUAUUGGGUCUUGAAGAUCACCUGGGGGACAUGGACUUCAAAAUUGCCGGAACAAGAAAAGGAAUUACUGCAAUUCAGUUAGAUAUAAAACCUGCUGGAAUACCUCUAGACAUAAUUUGCGAAUGUUUAGAACCGGCACAAAAGGGUCGCAAUCAUAUCCUUGACCGCAUGGAGCGAGAAAUAUGUGCACCACGUACCAUGGGUGAUGGAAGUACCCCUCGAUUAGCAACUUUGAAGUUUAGCUAUGACUCGAUUCGACGCUUGCUUGGGCCUCUAGGUUCUCAAAGGAAAAAAAUUGAACAAGAAACAGGUGCACGAAUUGCUGUGAGUGAUGGGACAAUUACUAUAGUUGCGAAAAAUCAGUCAGUUAUGGAAAAAGCCAAAGAAAAGGUUGAUUUUCUUAUCGGACGUGAAAUUGAAGUUGGUGGAAUUUACAAAGGUGUCAUUUCAUCAAUUAAAGAAUAUGGCGCUUUUGUGGAAUUCAAUGGUGGUCAACAAGGUCUUCUUCACAUCUCUGAACUGUCGCAUGAACCGGUAUCUAGAGUCUCAGAAGUUGUAACUGUGGGCCAGGAGCUAUCAUUAAUGUGCAUUGGGCAGGAUGUGAGAGGUAAUAUUAAACUGUCUCUGAAGGCCAUGCUUCCUCGGGCUGGAUCUGAAAAGAAGAAUUUGGAGAGUCAAGAUUCUGUUGCUCCAAAACAAGAAGUUAAUGUUUGGGCCUCUGUGGAGAAUGUGCCUACCUGCCAAGUAGAUGAAGAAAGCGAAGUUGAGCCUGCAACAAAUUCCACACCAGCAGUAGUAAUCCGGAGUGCUGCAGAAUGUGAUGCGCAGGAUAUUGCUGCUGGUCAACAUUCCAUCAAGAAGUCUGGAAAGGGUGCAAAAACUUCACCUAGGCCUUAUAAUGCUUCAUCAAGACAUCGGGAUGAUUUCAGAUCAACCCCCACUAAUAGAAAGCGUGCACCGAAUCAGACACAAAUGAAGAAGGAGAAUGAACUAAAAGAUUACUGUGGAAGCAAGCCAGAAACUGACAGUAGACCUGGAAACUUGUUGCAUGUACUGAUGCAGAAUGAUGCAGAUGAGAAGCCUAAAUCUUUUGGUUCUACCAGUGUUCGCGCAGGUUCCCUGAAGCUGGGAGACCGAGUAACAGCAAAGAUAUACCAGAUACGCGCACAUGGGCUGGUACUUGAAUUGGGUGGUGGAGUACGAGGAAUGUAUAAAUUUGAGGUAAAUGGCAGAAGGGAUUUUGAGGUAGGUAAGGAGCUCCCUGUGCAGUGUUCCAGCUUCUCGAGCAAGGGAAUUCCAGUAUUUUCGUUAUUGGAAGAUGAGUAGUUUUUCAAUGGAGUCCCAUUUUUCAACAUGACAGUCCAUUUGGUACUGCCAUAAAAGUUUUGGCUGACAUUAUCCACCAUUUAGUUGAAAAGAGAAGUGACAAAUUUUGGUCAGAAAAUUUGGCGUAGCCCCACAUGGCUUGUAUUGAAAUUUUGUAGCGUUACGAUUUUUCCAACGGACUCGAAUCUGUGGGUUACCAUAAGCAUUCCUUUUGUUGGGAAAUAUCAGGAUGGUUCUUGCCUAUUCAAAUACCUGUCCGUUAGCUGAGUCUCUGUGCAAGCUGAUUGGUAGCUGUCAAAAGAAGGUCAUCGUUUUGUUGGUUUUGAUGGCUGAAAAUGCAGUAUUGAGCUUCUUAGAACCACCACUGAUAGACUCACCAUCACAGGAUUAGUUUUGAAAUCCUCUGGUGUUGUAUGUACAUUAGAGUUAUUAUUUAUCUAUAUUUUUAUUUGAUGGGAUAGGUAGAGAACAUGAAGACAAUGUUAUCUAGGCCCUUUUUUAAAUAUUGUGUUCUUGUUUUAUUGUUUUGAUCAACAGAAGAUGCACAAAAAUAUGGUUUCAACAGAGAUUUGAUGCUUGGGCAGUUCCCAGUUGACUCUGUAGCGUUGCUAAUUGUUUUAUUGGUGCUUGACAGACUGAUAUUUCUA